AAAAAUGGAAGACAUGUAACGACCAUAUCAUCCAAAUCCACGAUCUACACCAUGAGCACCACAUGGUUACCCCGUCUCCUGCCCCUCUGCCGUGGAUCGUGGGCCCCUCUACCCCGUCGAGCCUCCUCUCAGACCGCCAAAUCAUCGGCCACGCCCACCCCGGCCGAACUCUGGGACAUUGCCGUCAGUGUGUGCGUGGAGCGCCACCCUCGGGUCACUCCGCCCCUCGCUGAGCUGCCAAAGACGUUUCUAACAUGUUUGCGCCAACAAGAAAUCGAGCAAAGCCUGCUCAACGAUCACGAAUUGGCCAUUCAACGCGAAGCUCGGGCCAAGUCAGCCGUGGAUGCGAGCCUUCAGAAACGGGAGGCGGGUCUCAAAACCACCUUGGAUCUAGAGGACGAUUGGCAGAAAGAGAUGGCUCAGUUUCCUUUGCCUCCGCGGGAUCCCGAAGCGCGGGGUACGCCCCAUGAGCCGGCUCCAACCCUGACGCGUCCCGUGGUGCUGAUGGUGCGGCACUUGCGGGGUGCCACGCCUGUGUGGACGUUGCCCAUGGCCCAGCGGUUGGCCGGCGAGACUUUGCGGCAGACAGCCGAAAGGGCUGUUCUCGAUAAUGUCGGAUCGCGGUUGCAGGUCCAGAUUCUGGGAUUGGCCCCGUGGGCUGUGUACAAUAAUCGAUAUUCCAAGACCAUGCAAGGCCAUUGCGGCAAAAUGGGCAGCAAGAUGUUCAUCUACAAGGCCCAUUAUUUAGAAGGCCAAGUGGAGAUACAAAACGAAGCAAUUGAGGAUUAUCAGUGGGCCUUACGCGAAGAACUCCAAGGACAUCUUUUGUCCGAUGAAAGAAAUGCACUAGCCAAUAUAUUGUACGACGAAGAGCCUUGAUCAAGGGAGGCGAUCUAUUAAGUUUGAGCAGAGAACGAAUCCGAAAAUAAACAGUCAUUUCAAUCAG